GUAUCGCUGCACACAUUUUCUUUCUUUCGCUACACACGCGGCAUAAAGACUAGACAUGGCGUCGAAGGUUUCCCGUGACACUCUCUAUGAGGGCGUCAGUGGUAUAUUGGAGCACUCGUUGAAGAAGAAGCGCGGUUUCCUGGAGACCGUGGAACUUCAAAUUGGCCUCAAGAACUACGAUCCUCAAAAGGACAAGCGUUUCUCCGGCACUGUCAAAUUGAAGCACAUCCCCCGUCCCAAGAUGAAGGUGUGCAUUCUUGGCGAUCAGCAGCAUUGCGACGAGGCGAAUGCCAACAACGUCGAAUGCAUGGAUGCUGAAGCCCUGAAGAAGCUAAACAAGAAUAAGAAGUUGGUAAAGAAACUGGCCAAGUCCUAUGAUGCAUUCUUGGCUUCCGAGUCGCUCAUCAAGCAGAUACCUCGUCUGCUGGGCCCUGGUCUUAACAAGGCUGGCAAGUUCCCUGCUUUGUUGUCCCACCAGGAAUCGAUGAUGGCCAAAAUUGAGGAGGUCAAGUCGACCAUCAAGUUCCAGAUGAAGAAAGUCUUGUGCCUGUCUGUCGCUGUCGGCCACGUUGGCAUGAAGCAGGACGAACUUGUCCAGAACAUCAGCUUGUCUAUCAACUUCUUGGUGUCGCUGCUGAAGAAGAACUGGCAAAACGUGAGGUCCCUCCACAUCAAGUCAUCGAUGGGCCCUCCUCAGCGUCUUUACUAAAAUUUGGAUGCAAGUUUUUAUAAACUAAUGUGUUCAAUAAAAAUCAUUUUUACAUAAUGUAAAUGUAAAAAA